AUGUUUUCUCUCGCGUGGCUUUCCGCCAUUGCUCUUUUCUCGUCUUCCAAUACCUUCGUUCACGGCCUCAAAUACACUCUUUCUGAAGUAGAAUAUAAUCUUAAUGUGAACAAGACAGCUACGAAUCCCCUCGACUACAGCGUAGAAGAACGGACCAACCACACCUACACAACCUCCCCUACCAACUGGAGGUUUCCCUUCUACACCGUCUUCCUAGAUCGUUUCGUCAAUGGCGACCCAACGAACGACAAUGCGAACCAGACGCUUUUUGAGACCGAUAUGAGGAGCACUCAGAUCCGCAACGGCGGUGACCUCCAAGGGCUGGUGGACUCUUUGGACUAUAUCGCUGGCAUGGGCAUCAAGGGUAUCUAUAUCGCCGGCUCGCCAUUCAUCAACCAGCCAUGGGGCGCAGACGCAUAUUCACCACUUGAUCUCACACUUCUUGACAAGCAUUUUGGCAAUAUCACAAUGUGGCAGACAGUCGUGGAAGAGAUCCAUAAUCGAAACAUGUAUGUUGUUCUGGACAACACCAUGGCAACCCUCGGUGAUCUGAUCGGCUUUGAGGGCUACUUGAACACAAGUACACCAUUCUUGGAGGAAGAGCACAAAGUUCAGUGGAAGUCAUCUCGACGAUAUCUUGAUUUCGAUAUUGGCAACACCUAUAACGCGACCUGUGAAUAUCCCACCUUUUGGUAUGAAGACGGCAACCUGGUUCCGGAUUCCACCACUUCCGGUCUCAAGGGCUGCUACGACAGCGAUUUCGACCAGUAUGGUGACAUUGAAGCUUUCGGUGUCUUCCCCGACUGGAAGCGUCAACUUUCCAAGUUCGCCUCCGUGCAAGACCGUUUGCGAGAGUGGAACCCUUCGGUGCUGGCGCGUCUGGAGAAGUUCUCGUGCAUGACCAUCGCCGCACUCGAUAUUGACGGCUUCCGUGUGGACAAAGCCAUGCAGGUUACGGUGGAUGCGCAAGCCUCCUUCACCAGCAAGAUGCGCGAAUGUGCCCGGGAAUUCGGGAAGGAAAACUUCAUGGUCGUCGGUGAAAUUACCUCCGGUAACACACUGGGGUCUAUUUGGCUUGGACGUGGCCGCUCGAAGGACCUGUGGCUGGACGACAUCAACACUGCCCAGCAACUCGAAUCCAAGUGGAACGACUCUUCCACUGACUCCAUGUUCCUUCGUGAGGCAGGAAAUUCUGGCCUCGAUGCUGGAGCAUUCCACUACUCGGUGUACCGAUUUUUGACUCGCUUCCUGGGCAUGACUGGCAACCUCGAGGCUGGCUACGAUCUGCCAACAAAUUGGGUGGAAAUGUGGAACGAGAUGUUGCUGUCAAACGACUUUUACAACGCCAACGAUGGCCACUUCGACCCUCGACAUCUCUACGGCGUCACGAAUCAAGACGUCUUCCGCUGGCCAGGAAUCGAGAAGGGAACGCAGCGCAUGAUGCUUGGCUACAUGGUAACGACAUUUUUGAUGCCAGGCAUCCCGCUUGUUUACUAUGGAGAGGAGCAGGAGCUGUACUUGGUCGACAGCACCGCAGGCAACUACGUCUACGGUCGGCAGGCCUUCUCGCCAUCUCAGGCCUUCAUGCGGCACGGCUGCUAUACUUUGGGGAGCACAAUUUAUAACGACUGGCCGGCGACGAAGGCUACACAAGGCUGUCAUGACGCGGCCCAGGCGUUGGAUCAUCGCGAUCCAUCUGCCCCGAUUCGUAACACCAUGAAGCACAUGUUCGCCAUGCGCGACGCUUUCCCAGUCCUCGAAGGAGGUUGGCUCCUGGCUUCCCUUGCCAAUCAGACAUCCUACAAAUACCCCAACGGUACUGCCUCUAAAACCGAAUUUGGCAUCUGGAGCGUUGCGCGUGGUUACAACACAGCAACACAGAACGUCACUGCGUCUGACGAUUCUAGCAAGCCUGUAUGGCUGGUCUAUCACAACCAGCCGAACGAGACCACCUACACUUUCGACUGCAGUGAUGCCAGUACUGCCUUCAUUUCCCCGUAUGAUGCCGACACCAAGGUGCGUAACCUGAUGAACUCGAGCGAUACCUUUACUCUCGAGUCCUCUGCCAUCUCCAACACCAACUGGACCGGGACAAAGGCCACAGCGGGCUGUCUUAGCAGCAUUACCAUGCAGCCGUACGAAUUCAAGGUUUUUGUGCCCUCCUCUCUAUAUGAGGCUCCUGGACCCAUGAUCACCCGGUUCUCACCCGGCCACGACUACCAGAUCGACUCGUCGGUCAAUACCGCAACUGAGGUGGACAUUGAGCUUGGUUUUUCAACUGAGAUGGAUUGCACCUCGGUUUCCGAAUCUAUCUCCGUGGCGUCCUAUAUCGAUGGCACAGGACCGCAGUCGCUCGUCACCGUGGGAAGCGCAACCUGUACGAAUGUUGACGAGGGUAUCACCGGGGAUUUUACUGGCUACAUCCCCACUAUCUGGACUUGGGCCGCUACCCUAUCCGGUGUCGUUGACGGCGUACACAAGCUCACAGUCAAGGCGCCCGAAAGCACGGAUGGGACAUCAACCAAUGCUACCGACCACUUCCUCCUCAGACGAGGUCUGCCCAACAACCCUGUCGUCUUCCCCGAGAUAGCCAACUACUCAUCUGCCAUCCUCCAUGUGGCCAACGAUGUUAUCUACGUCAAUCACAGUGCCCCUGGCGCUUCUCAGUGGCGGUAUAGCACGAAUUUUGGGUCAAGCUGGAGCGACUGGAAAGACUACACAGGCGAUUUCGAAAAGAUUACAUCUCAGACCUGGUCAGGUACUGAGGACCAGGCAUGGUAUGGCCACCACCUGAUGGUCCAGUAUUGGAGUCAGCCUCUCGGAUCGUCUGCCUUCAUCCAGCAUGGCGACAGUACCGACGUCAAGUAUGCGCGGCAGUUCCCCCACGUGUUCCUACAUGGUGACUACAACAUGUGGGGAUACGACCGUGGAGCGGCAAGCGCUAUGACUCUCGCGGCUGACCACACCUGGGAAAUGCAUUUCAUGCGAGAAUGGCCUGCAUCAGUGCAGGUGAACAUCUGGGGUGUCAACCCCGACGGCCAGCCUGACACCACCUUCAUCUUUGGUGAUGUUGAUCAGGAUAACAUCCUUGAUAGAUUGUCGCCAAGCAGUCUGUCAACCAACGUCUUCAAUAUGUCGAUUCCUUCGUGGCCAGGCUUGUCUUACAAGUUGGUCGUCAACGAUGCAAGCUGGAGGAUCGAGGCCAAGCCAACUGGCACUGUGUAUCUGCAAAUUUUCCUGUUCUUCCUACUUGGAAUCCUCCCCAUCGUCUUGGCAGCCCUGGCCGGCUGGGUGUAUGUCCGCGGCUUCUACCAGGUCAAAGUCAACAAGAGAGGUUUCAAAACAAACCCGAAGAAUUGGCUCUCUCUGGGUGCUAUCUUGAAGACCGACUCAAACUCAGAGAAGAAGGAGAAGUACAGCAUCGCCUUGCGCGCCAUUUCGCCCUCGCCAGCUUCGACCCCAGUGCCUGCCAUUAAGGCCACUGGCGAGAAGAGGACAGUCUUGAUCGCAACUAUGGAGUACAAUAUUGACGACUGGAAGAUUGGCAUCAAAAUCGGUGGUCUUGGUGUCAUGGCCAAGUUGAUGAGCACAGCAUUGGACCACGUCAACCUGAUCUGGGUGGUGCCUUGCAUAGGUGGAAUCGAUUACCCUAUGGACGAGCCAGCAGAAUCGAUGUUUGUGCAAAUCAUGGGGGAGUCCUACGAGGUCCAUGUCCAGUACCACAGAUACAAGAACAUCACCUAUGUUCUCCUGGACGCACCGAUUUUCCGCCAGCAGACCAAGGCCGAGCCUUACAUCGCAAGAAUGGACGAUGUCGAAUCUGGUAUCCUUUAUGCAGCCUGGAAUAGCUGUAUCGCCGAAACCAUCCGCCGAUUCCCAGUUGAUAUCUACCACAUCAACGAUUACCACGGUGCCAUUGCUCCUCUUUACCUGCUUCCUCAGACCAUUCCCGUCUGUCUCUCGCUUCACAACGCCGAAUUUCAAGGACUUUGGCCCAUGCGCAGCCCCGAAGAGACUAAGGAGGUUUGCGAUGUGUUCGGCCUGCCAAUUGACAUUGUGAAGAAGUAUGUCCAGUACGGCUCUGUUUUCAACCUUCUGCACGCUGGUGCAAGCUACCUGCGGUACCACCAACGAGGCUUUGGUGCUGUGGGUGUGUCCAAGAAGUACGGUGACCGGUCGCUGGCUCGAUACCCUAUCUUUUGGAGUCUGAAAGCCAUCGGGCAGCUCCCCAACCCAGACCCUUCAGACACGGCCGCCUGGGAACCCGACAAGGACGAGGGAAGCAGCAAGAAGGACGGCAUUGAGGUCGACGCCGAGUUCGAGGGCGCUCGUGGAGAACUCCGAAUGAAGGCUCAAGAAUGGGCAGGUCUUGAAAUCGACCCCACAGCAGAUCUGUUUGUAUUUGUCGGCCGUUGGUCUCUCCAAAAGGGUGUGGAUUUGAUCGCCGAUAUUUUCCCCAGCAUCCUGGAAAAGUAUCCCAAGACGCAACUUAUCUGCAUCGGUCCCGUUAUUGACUUAUACGGCAAGUUUGCGGCUUUGAAGCUUGCUAAACUCAUGGAGGUAUACCCUAAGCGGGUGUUCUCCAAGCCUGAAUUCACCCAGUUGCCGCCUUACAUCUUCAGCGGUGCCGAGUUCGCGCUGAUUCCGUCGCGUGACGAGCCCUUUGGGCUUGUUGCCGUCGAAUUCGGUAGGAAGGGUGCGCUGGGUGUUGGUGCGAGGGUUGGUGGUCUUGGUCAAAUGCCUGGUUUCUGGUUCACCGUCGAGUCUAUGUCCCCUGCUCACUUGCUGGAUCAAUUUAGACACGCUCUUAAAGAGGCUCUGGAUUCUAAGCAGCCGAAGCGUGCGCUCAUGCGUGCAUGGAGCGCGAAACAACGUUUCCCCGUCAAGCAAUGGAUUCAACAGAUCGACUGCCUCUACGAUGAGUCGAUCCGGAUCUCGAACAAGGAGGCAAGCAAGAAGAAGAAGCUGACAAGCAGGUCAAUGUUAUCGCUCAAUACUGCAUCGCAUCAAGAGGGCCCAGACACACCCGGCACGUCCAGGCCAGCCACACCCAAUACUGGGUUCCAAAUUUCCAUCUCCUCGCCACAAGCAGUGCGCAGCUCACUGCUGCACAACGUCUCCCCCGAUAUUUCGACUGCUGGACUCCCAUCUCCUGGUCUGCGGUCACCCAGUGGCGUCUCCUCCCCGAGCCUCAACACGCCGAAGUUCCCAUGGACCAACCUCGAGCCUGGGUCCGCACGAAACUCAGCGAUCAGCGUGGCCAGUUUCGACAGUUUCGCCAUGCGUGCCCAGGCCGAUGGUCCUAUGAGCCCCGGCCUGCCAGACUCGCGUGACUCUGUCGCCGGCCUGCCCCUCCCGCAGCCAAGUUUCUACCAGCAGGGCAACCGCAAUAGCAGUCAACUGUCUCUUUCGGACGUCGUCGGCGAACGGCAAGACAUGAAGCUCCAGAAGGUUGACCUGACCUUCAACGACACCAACGGAGAGUUUUACGCGGAAUUCGAACAAAAACUGUCUGCGAUUACGGCGAAGAACUCGCACACCGAACUCUGUAUCGAAGAGUUCCUCAAGAAGAGUGAGAAGGAAUGGUUCCGGCGGUACCGGGACGCGAAGCUGGGCCGGCGCGACGUGAGCAGGGCGCGCAGCCCCAAUGGCCUGGGCCUCAAGAGGCCCGAGAGCAGGGAUGGGAAGAGCAGAAAUUCGUCGGUUGUCAGCCGGGGAAGGCAGCGACAUCGCAGUAUUACUCCCCACAGCACCAUGACCUAUAUGAGUACGGAAGCGGGCUCACCCAGCGGACCAGAUGUUGAUGAUGAAUUCUUGCUGGGCAACGGCUACAAGGCGCCCACAGGUCUAAGGAAAAUCCUCUCAAUCAGAAUUGGCGACUGGCCCGUCUACGCCUUCCUAAUGGCGCUGGGCCAGAUCAUGUCGGUCAACUCGUACCAGAUCGUCUUGCUCACGGGCGAGUCAUCGCAGACUUCAGAGAAGCUGUACAUCAUCGGCUCUGUCUACUUGCUGACGUCGAUCAUGUAUUGGUUUAUGAUUCGGCACCUGAAGUCUCUGUACGCCAUCACUCUGCCAUGGUUGUUCUUUGGACUGGCCUUCAUGCUUCUUGGUGUUGCGCCUUUCCUCGGUGACGGUGCGGUGCAAGAGGCAGUUCGGACUACCGCGACUGCCUUGUAUGCCGCCGGAGCUAGUAGUGGAGCUGUGAUGUUUGCGCUCAACUUCGGUGACGAAGGUGGCUCGCCAACACGUCAGUGGAUCAUUCGCGCCAUCAUUGUUGCCGGCAUCGCCUCUGUCUACUCCCUGAUGCUCUGGUACUGGGGUUCGCUGGUGGCCAUGUCCGCGGCAACAAUAACCAGCUUCGUACCCAACACUAGCAUCCCGUACGCCGUCGUGGUCUGUUGCCCCAUCGCCGUCAUCCUAUGGGCCGUUGGCGUCAUCCUCUUCCUCGGCCUGCCCGACUACUACCGCCAAUCCCCCGAGUCUAUUCCCGGCCUGUACAUCUCGCUCCUCCACCGAAAGCUCGUCCCCUGGUUCUUCGUCGCCAUCAUCAUCCAGAAUUACUGGCUCUCCGCACCAUACGGCCGCAAUUGGCAGUUCCUCUUCGGCUCGCAAUACAUUCCCGGCUGGGGCGUAUUCCUGCUCGCGCUGGGCUUCUUCGUUGUCCUGUGGACCAUUAUCCUAUACAUCUUCUCCCUGUUCUCGGAUGAGCACACCUGGCUGCUCCCUAUCUUCGCCAUUGGCCUUGGUGCCCCUCGCUGGGCCCAAAUGUUCUGGGGUGUUUCCGGCAUCGGCUGGUACCUCCCCUGGGUCGCCUCCCCCGUCGGCUCCGCCAUCCUGUCGCGCUGCAUCUGGCUGUGGCUCGGUCUGCUCGACGCGAUCCAGGGUGUCGGCCUGGGCAUGAUGCUGCUGGCGACUCUCACGCGGCAGCACGUGCUGGCGGUGCUGAUCGGCUCCCAGGCCAUCGGUUCCGCCGUCACGAUGCUGGCGAGGGCGACGUGCCCCAACGCCAAGUACGCGACCGUCACAUUCCCCGACUUCAGCCAGGGCGUCAUGCCCGGCGUGGCCGAGAAGUGGUUCUGGAUAUGCCUGGCAUUCCAGCUGGUGAUCCCGUUCGGCUUCUUCAAGUUCUUCCGGAAGGAGCAAGUUGCGAAGCCAUAA